UUCAUUGAUACCAAAAUGCUAUCCAAUUUUUUGAAUCUAGAAACAGAGGAAGUGACGCCGUCAACCACUGUUCUUACCCCCAUUGUCCCUACCACCCCUGGUACUGAGGCAUGGUGGAAUCCACGUCUACCUACGAACAUCAUUCCCAAACAUUACAACCUGUUUCUGAACAUCACUGUUGACCUGCCUCGAUUUGAUGGUCGUGUUGGAAUUGAUAUCGAGGUCAACAACAAUACUGAUCUUAUCAUCCUGCACAAUAAUGGUUUAAACAUCUCGUCUGUAGAAGUACUCAGUAAAUCAGGAAAAGAAAUCCUUGCCGUCCAAAGCCACUUUGAAUUUGCACGCAACACUUUUCACGUGAUCCGAAUGGCAUCCGAUGUUCAUCCGGGACUAUACACUUUAAAGUUAGUGUUUAAUGGUGUUUUUGAGGCUAAUGACAAUGAAGGAUUGUAUCGAAAAACUUAUUCUCGACCAGAUGGCCAAAAAGUUAACUUUGCUUCAACUCAGUUUGAGCCUGACUACGCUCGAAGAGCAUUUCCUUGUUUUGAUGAACCCGCCCUCAAAGCCACAUUCAAUGUAUCGAUCAGUCGUCGAUCUGAUUACGUCGCGCUGUCCAACAUGCCUAUCUACAAGACUGAGAGAGCAAAUGGACAGAAGAUUGACUACUACGAGAAGACCGUUACCAUGUCAACGUAUCUAUUAGCAUUUGUAGUAGGAGACUUUAAAUAUGUGGAGACGAUUAGCAAGAAGAACAUCACGAUGAGGUAUUACAGCCGACCAUCUUUUAUUAAUAAAACUAAAUACGCAUCGAGUAUUGGAGGGAAGAUUAUGACGUUCUUCGAGGAUUAUCUUGGUGUUGAAUACUCACUGUCUAAAGAAGAUCAGGCUGCGAUUCCUGGAUUCGAAGGAGCAAUGGAAAAUUGGGGGAUAAUCACAUAUGAAGAAAUUGCGUUGUUAUGGGACGCUAAUGAAUCGACAGAACGUGACAAAAAAUUGGUUGCUCAAAUCAUAGCUCACGAACUCGCUCACCAGUGGUUUGGUAACAUUGUUACAAUGAAAUGGUGGAACGACUUAUGGCUGAAUGAAGGCUUUGCAACGUAUUUCGAGAACGUGGGAAUGAAGAUAGCCCAACCAGAGUGGAAACAGCAAGAUGACAUGAUCACUACAAUAAUGGGAGACUCAUUCCAAGUUGAUGGUAAAGUGUCUUCUAAUCCAAUAAGAGUGGAAUCUAGAAAAGCUUCUGAUGUGAUGGACCUGCCGUCUACUAUCUACUAUAGUAAGGCUGGCUGCAUUAUCAGAAUGAUGGAGAGUUUUCUUGGAGAGGAGACAUUUCUUGACGGGUUAAAAAUCUACUUGAAAAGACACGCCUUUUCUAACGCUGAAUCAGAUGACCUGUGGAGAGCCAUGACUGAGGCUAGUUGUGCACGUGGGAAGUGCGUGGGUAUUAAGCAAAUCAUGGAUGCAUGGAUACUACAGAUGGGCUACCCUGUGGUAACGUUCAACAGAAUCAACUCAACCCACUAUCUGGUCAAUCAAAGUCGCUUCCUUCUAGACGACAACGUCACCAAUUCAACCUACAAGUCUCCUUUUGGAUACUCAUGGGUGAUUCCACUGUCCUACGUCAUCAACAACAAGACAGGCAGCCAUUUUGAUUKGAUGAACAUGUCAUCAACGGUCAUUCCCUGKGAUGGUCGUGGAUGGAUCAAAGCAAAUACGAACUACAAAGGGUUUUACAUCACCAACUACGAAGAGAGCAACUGGAAAGCACUUGCGAAACAGYUGAAUGAUAACCACACGGUUCUCAGUCCCUCAGACAGGGCUGGAAUUCUUAUGGACGCAUUUCUUCUAGCAGAGGGCAACAAACUCAACUACUCUACAGCCAUUAACAUGACUGAGUACAUGAGAAAAGAAACAGAAUAUGUCCCUUGGAAAGUUUUAUUUCAAAAAAUAGUUAAACUCCAAGAUAUUUUACCACGAACUAGCAAAGCUUAUAAAUAUCUACUGAAAUAUCUCGUAUAUCUUGGGAAAAACCAUUACGAUAGACUUGGGAUCGAAGACACUGGUGGAGCCAUUGACAAGGCAAUGCGGUUCGAAUUACUGCGUCUUUUCUGUGAAGCUCAGUACGAGUCAUGUGUCGACAACGUCACCCAACUAUUUCAGGCGUGGAUGAGGAAUCCAAAAGCUAAUAGCAUUCCACCAAACCUUCGUGAACUUACCUUCUACCAUGGUAUUGCUCGUGGUGGGGUAAAGGAAUGGAACUUUCUUUACGACCAGUACAACAAAACACAAAACGAGGCGAAUAAAAGGACAAUCUUGGUCGGCUUAUCUGCAUCAAGAGAGGCAUGGGUCAUAGACCGAUAUUUGUCGUAUACCCUGGUACCUGGACGAUUUGAAGAGGAAGACAUCCAAUAUAUAUUCUACUGUAUUAGUAAAUACAACCCCAUUGGUAGUCAGCUAGCUUGGAACUUUGUACGUGUUCACUGGGAACUUUUUGUGAAAAGAUUUGAUGAUACAAACACGUCACUCUAUUCCAAAGUGGUUCCUGAAAUUCUCAGUAACUUCAAUACUCCUUAUGAAUUAGCUGAGGUUCAAACGUUUCAUCAAAGAAUUAUAGAAAAUAUCGAUGAUGAAGAUCGCCUUCUUUCUGAACAAGUAGAAAAUGAUAUCAAAAAGCGUAUUCUUUGGCUUAAAAAGAACCAAGAGGAAAUAGAAAACGCACUGGAAUCAAACCUCCAGAAACAUUAUCUAAUCUGACCAUAUGAUGUAAGCCAUGUAUAGGAUAUUGCGAGGCUUAAAGAGAGGACAAGCUCAUGCAGUGCAGAACACGAAAUAGUUAUUGUUGACCCUUUUAUGGUUAAAUAAGUCACUUGCAUGUUGGUGUUAUUUAUUACCACUACCAGAUCGUAUUGCACACUUUCUUUUCUUCAGUUAGUUAGCACCAAUUGUCUCAAAUUUGAAUAAGAAAGAAAAUUCUCGAAGGAUUUUGGUAGUGGUAGUAAAAUGAAGCAAUAAUGCAAACGACCUUUUUACUGAGGUUCAAUCAGCUGAUAAAGUCUUUGAAUCUCAUUAUCUGCUCCUAGUGGUCAAACACUGACCACCAUGUGUUGUCAACAAGAAAAAAAUUAUAUUGAAAACUUGUCAUCCAA